AUGCGGACUGGCACCAACGCGAACCUUGAGCCUUUCACGGAGGUCAGCUCCCUCCGCACCUCUCGCCGCCCAUCCUCGCUGCACCGCCGCACGUCGAAGCUCGGUGGUCGCAGGGUUCUCUACAUCCCCUACCGGGAGCGCGUGCUCAUCGCCCUCGCCGCAACGGUGCAGGUGAUCGCCCUCGUCCUGCUCAUCGCCGCCGCCGCCACGGAUGUCCUCAUGGUCGACGGCACCAAGGCCAUCAAGAUCGGCGCCGAUCUGAAGGCCGUGAGCACCGGCCUUGGUGUGUCGGUCACCGAGGGCUCGAAGCCGUUCUGCUACUCGCUGUGGGGUGCGCGCAAGUGCGGCACUUCCUCCUUUUACACGGAGAAGUGGUACACGGAGCGUGGUAUCAAGAACAAGGGCUUCCCGUCGGCGGCGACGUACACCAUGAUGCUCGGUGCGGGCGCGUUCGCCGCACUGGCUGCAUGCUACUCCUUCAUCAACGUCAUUGGCAUUACCGUUGCCGUGUGCAUGCAGGACUACACGGCCGUGAUGUGCGCGUGGUCCUUCUCCGUGUUGAUGACCAUCCUCAUCUCCUGGGCCCUCACCGUUGGUGUGUACGCUGACAGCAUGGCGACCAUGAACAGCACCACCAUCCCCGGUCGCAAGGUGCGCGUGAAGGACUACUGCGACUUCUCCUCGUCCUUCGCCAUGGCCAUGACCGCCUUCGCCCUGCAAGGCUUCCAGUUCAUUUUCACCGUGGUGUACACGCGCCUGUUCGAGAAUCGCAUGAAGUCACUGGUGGCUGAGCAGAAGCAGGUGAAGGAAGCGCCCCUUAACCACUCCUAG